UGAUCUCCUGAAAUCUGGACUCGUUCUGGCACAAGACCUGUCAUGGACGGCCGCUGCUAUCUCCGCGAAAAGCUCGGCACUCGGGCAGCGCACACACUUGACACUACCUCGGACAGUGACGCGCCGCCGUCGCUCACUCCGGCGAGCCCAGUCCCUCCUGACAUCGAAUCGGUCCCUCUCUCCUCUUCUCUGGAUGGCGGCGUCGAGGCUGAUUCAGAAAGCGCUGUCAACCGACGAUAUCCACUCUUUGACACGUCAUUAAUCUGUUCUUUACUCGUUGCUGCUUGCUUUCUUCGCUCCACUACUAAUGACUCCAUGAACGCUGCUCAUGUUCAGCGCUUCAUUUCUAUUUCUCGCCCAAUGAACUUGCCCUUGUUGGAGUACAUUCCCUUCUCCUUCGGUUGAGUUCUACCAUGUACUUCCUUGGUUCAACAUCGCUGCUGGGGAUUCACUCCCGGAUUGGCUCUGUUCUCUUGAUAGGUUGAAACCGAAACCUGUACAUUCAUGCUUAUUUGGCGAACCCUAAACCUGUUCUCUUCCAAAGAUCAUAAAGAAGACUGCUGCUGACUACAUUGGCAUAUUGGUUUCUAUAAGAUGACUUCUUCUUCUUCUUCAUCCACUGCUCCUCAAUUCAAAUAUGACGUCUUCAUAAGUUUUAGAGGUUCAGACACUCGCCGUGGCUUUUUCAGCCAUUUGCUUACAGCAUUACGUCAGAAAAAGAUUCAUGUAUAUGUAGAUUAUAACCUUAAAGAAGGAAAUGAAAUAUUACCAGCACUUUUCGCAGCAAUUGAACAAUCACAAAUUGCAUUAGUUAUUUUCUCGAAAGACUAUGCCUCUUCGAAAUGGUGCUUAGAAGAGCUUGUCAAAAUAACUGAAUGCCAAAAAGAGAAGGGUCAAAUCAUCAUACCUAUUUUCUACAAUGUAGAGCCUUCAGAAGUGCGACAUCAGAAGAGGUCCUAUGCAGAAGCAUUUGUUAAACAUGAAAAUGAUUUCAAGGACAAAGUCAAUAAAUGGAGAGCUGCACUGAAGGGAGUCUCAGAUUUAUCAGGAUUCCAUUCCAAAAAUUUUAGAAGUGAGGCUGGGCUCAUUGAAGAAGUUGUCAAACACAUUUUGAAAACUUUAGAUGAUAUGCACCCAGCUUAUGACUUUCAAGGCCUUGUUGGAAUUAAUAAACCAGUCGACGAACUUGAGUCAAUAGUUUUUGCCAAUGGCUCAAAAGAUAUUCGUGUUAUAGGAAUUUGGGGCAUGGGUGGCAUUGGUAAGACUACUAUUGCCACUGUAUUAUUUAACAAACUGUGUUCUCAAUAUGAAAGUCGUCAUUUUCUAGCAAAUGUCAGAAAGGAGUCAGAGAAGUGGGGAAUAAUUCAGUUAAGAGACAAAAUUCUUUCUGUAUUCACAGACGAAAAAGAUUUAAACAUUGGUGUUCCCAACGGAGUACCGAAACAUGUUUUGAGAAAACUUCGUCGCAGAAAGAUUCUUGUUGUUCUUGACGAUGUUAGUACUUCUGAUCAAAUCACAAACUUAGUUGGAGGACAUAAUUGGUUGGGUCCUGGUAGUAGAAUCAUUGUUACAACUAGGGAUAAACAUGCAAUUUGUAAAGCGGAUGACAUAUACAAAGUAAAGGCAUUGGAAUCUAGUGAUGCCCGACAGCUGCUAAGUUUGCAUGCCUUUGAUGGAACUGAUGGGCAUUGCCUUGAAUUGCACUGGCAUAAUCUUGUGUCGAAAAUGGUUGAAUAUGCUAAAGGCAUCCCAUUAGGAUUGAAAGUUCUGGGUUCUUUUCUUUAUGGCAAAUGCUUUGAAGAAUGGGAAUGUCAAUUCCAGAAGCUUCAGAAAAUGCCCUUUCCAGAGAUUCAUAAUGUGUUGAGAUUAAGUUAUGAAGGAUUGGAUCACCAAGAGAAGAGCAUAUUUUUAUAUGUUGCUUGUUUCUUCAAAGAGGAUGAAGGAAAGGUUACUGUAGAGAAUUUAUUAGAUGCUUGUGGUUACUCAACAUCUAUUGCAUUAAAAACUCUCCAAGAUAGAGCUCUUAUAAGUAUUGAACAUUGUGUAUCCAUGCAUGACUUGAUUCGAGAAAUGGGCCGAUGGAUUGUGCGUCAACAAAGCAUCAAUAAGCCUGGAGAACAACGUCAUUUAUGGGAUCCUCAUGACAUUCAUCGUGUAUUGAAACAUAGAGAGGGCACGGACCAUAUUGAAAGCUUAACCUGGAACAUGUCAAGUGUUAGUGCUGACAUAAGCCUAAGUCCUCAUUUGUUUGCUAGAAUGGAAAAUCUAAAACUUCUGAGGUUUUAUUACAAUAAUAAUAAUAGCAGUGAUUAUUACUAUUAUUAUUAUUAUUGUUCGGAUAAUAGCACGUGCCAAGUGCAUCUUCCAGAAGGUCUUGAAAUACUGCCACAGAAACUACGACUCUUUCAUUGGGACAAUUACCCUGCAAAAUCCUUUCCAACAACAUUCAAUGCAGAGUGUCUUGUUGAACUUCGUAUGAAAGAAAGUCGCGUUGAAAAGCUCUGGGAUGGUGUACAGGAUAUACCAAAUAUGAAAAGGAUUGUUCUUAAUGGAUCCAAACAAUUGAUCGAGAUUCCAGAUUUAUCUAAAGCCUUGAGUCUUCAAGAAUUAGAACUCAUGGGAUGCAUAAAUUUGCUUUCGGUUCACCCAUCAAUUUUUUCUCUCCCAAAACUUGUUACGGUGACCCUAUGGAAUUGCCGAAGGCUUGAGAAACUUCCAGGGUGGUGUGAAGUGAAAAAGGAAGUAUUGAUUGAAGCAUCAGCGUCAUCAACAUCAUCGUGCUCAGGAUCAUCACAUACUUCCCGCUCCAAGUUUCAGUACUUAAACUUGGAUGGAUGUGUGAAUCUGAUGCAUCUGCCAGACAGCUUUUCUAAUCUCACCACUCUUAAAGUGCUUUAUCUUGGAGGGUGCAUAAAAUUAGACACAUCAAAUCUAUACAUCUUAUUUAAUGCCUUGUCUUCUUUAACACAGCUAGACUUGGAUGGGUGUGAUAAGUUGUAUGAAAUCCCACAUAACAUCAGCAACUUAUCAUUGUUAGAGUCGUUAUCACUCAGGGAAACUAAUGUGAAGAGCAUUCCAGAAACUAUCAGACACCUUCCACGCCUCAGAAAUCUCUACUUAACCAGUUGCACGGUGCUCCGGUCAAUUCCUCGAAUUCCACCAUCCCUCCAUUGUUUAACAGCCAAUAACUGCAAAUCGUUGGAGAGAGUGUUCACUCCAACACCUGAACUACUCCAACAACACCUCGCAUCCUAUGAAAAGGAGUAUUAUAUUGGAGGCACGGUUUUUUCAUUCAGGAAUUGCCCAAAUUUAAAGAAAGAUUCAAUUGAUGCUAUUCGUGAAUAUGUCAAGUGCUGCAAUGAAGAGAAGAGAUCAAUGAGAGAU